AUGUGGACAGCUGAUCCCGGAGCUCUAGAGCAGCUCCGGACAAUAUUCCAAGGCACGCUCUCGGCCAAUAAGAAUGAGCGAACCCAGGCGGUGGAAGCGUUGAACCAAGCCAAAGAAGAACAAGAGUUCGAGAACUACCUUGUUGACCUUCUAGUGAGGGACGACUUCGGCGCUGCUGACGUGAGAGCUGCUGCUGGCCUCAACUUGAAAAACCUGAUUUUAAGGAAUCCACAUGUGGCCAGACCCUAUGUGCUAGACACAAUCAUGAAUGGGCUCUUGGCAAAAGAGACCAUGGCCAGAAACAUCACAGGAACAGUGAUUACGUCGCUUUUUUCCAUAUACGGGAUCGACAAGUGGCCACAUGCUUUAUCCCAUUUACUUUCAUUGGUUGAAGCUGAAGACGCUGCUCAAUUGACGAAGGAAGCCGCCAUGAAUGCGCUCAGUAAGAUCUGUGAAGACAGUGCUUACUCGUUAGAUAAAGAGUACAAAGGAGAGAGGCCGUUGAAUUACAUGGUGCCUAAGUUUAUCAAAUUGGCGGCGCUGAGAGAAGUCACAAGCGUCGUGAGAGCCAACGCUGUGGGGUGUGUGAACCAAUUCAUUCCACUCAAGACACAGCUGUUUUUGGUGCACAUUGACGAGUUCUUGCAAGUACUUUUCAGCUUGGCUUCAGAUAGCGACUGCAGAGUCAGAAAGAAUGUGUGCACGGCAUUUUUGCUGAUUAUAGAGAAUAGGCCCGACAAGUUGGUGCCUCACAUGGACGGCGUGGUGACUUAUGGCCUUCAUUCCGUGCAAGAUGACGACGAGGAGGUGGCCAUGGAGGCGUGUGAGUUCUUGUUGGCUCUAGCUGAUUCGCCUGCAAAGGGGCACAAGGAGCUGUUUAGACCUAAGCUUCAGGAGGUUUUGCCGGUGCUUUUGGAGAAGAUGGUCUACCUGGAAGAGGAGAUUUUCUUGAUUGAAGCGGCGGACGAGAAGGAUGAUGCUCGCGUCGCUGAUAGAGACGAAGACAUCAAGCCAUCUGCGGCUAAAGCCAAAGAACAUGUGGUUAGUCGGAAGACCGAGAAGAAGAAGAAGAAACAGAAGGAAGAUGUCGAUGAAGCCGAUGACGAAGUGUAUGACUCUGACGGAUCCCCAAUCCCUCGUGAGCUUACAGAACUAUCCGACGACUGGGACUCUGAUGACGACUCUGACGAUGACGAUGAACUUGAUACUUGGAACUUGCGUCGCUGUUCUGCUGCCACGCUCGAUGCUUUAUCCUUGGAGUAUCCUAAAGAGGUGAUUCAAAUCACGCUUCCCAUUCUUCAGGAAAAGAUUGUAAGUCAGGAAUGGCCCGUUCGUGAGGCUGCGAUUCUUGCAUUUGGUGCUAUCUCUACAAGCUGCAUGGAGCUCGCUAGUGACAAGUUGCCAACACUAGUUCCUUAUCUCGUGGAACGUUUGAAAGAUGCUGAAUCGAGAGUAAGACAGAUAUCGUGCUGGACUGUGUCACGCUAUGCCAGUUGGGUUGCGUCGGAGGCUCAUGAGGGCGGCACCUACGCAAAUUAUUUUCAGCCAACAUUCGAAGCGAUCGUGCAAUGUGCCCUUGAUAACAAAAAGGUUGUGCAAGAAGCUGCGUGUUCUGCUUUAUCUGACUUUAUUGAGGCUACAGAUGUGUCGCUCAUCAAGUACUACGUGGGUCCAUUGAUGGAACACUUCGCUAAGUGUCUUCACAUAUACCAACGUAAAAAUAUGGUAACAUUGUAUGACUGUAUCUCGACGUUGGUGGAUAAGAUCGGAGUCUCAACGUUUAACACCAAGCCAGAGUACGUCUCGACGCUAUUGCCUCCUCUCUUGCAUCAUUGGGAGGCAUUGAAAGACGAUGACUCCGAGCUUUGGCCCUUGCUUGAGUGUAUGGCGCUGGUGGCUGCGGCUAUGGGUGAAGCAUUUGCUCCUUACGCUGUUCCAGUUUAUGAGAGAGCAGUCAAAAUUUUAAGCAAUGCGGUGAGGAUGAACCAGGAGGUACACACUCACCCCGAAAUUGAAGCUCCAGAGAAGGACUUUAUCGUCACAUCUCUUGAUUUAAUAGAUGGUCUUGUCCAGGGGUUUAAGGGCCAUUCUGCGGACUUGAUGAAACAGCAUGGCGCUAACUUAAUGGAUAUUUUGUUUAUCUGUCUUGAGGAUCCUGACGACGACGUCCGUCAGCUGACAUUUGCUCUCUUGGGUGAUUUGGCCAUUCAUGUUUGUGACGAGACAAUCUUGCCUUAUUUUGACACUCUCGUUUGGAGAAUCGGCGCAGAGAUCAACAACUACACAUACGUGAGGUAUCCUGUGACAAGUAAUGCCAUCUGGGCAUUUGGUGAGAUGGCGCUAAAAUUGCCUAAAGAAAAGGUCAAGCCUCAAGUGUGGAAUAUCUCCACUUUAUUGAUCAGAAUCCUCAACUCGCCGGACAGCCAACAUAGCGUUCUUGAGAACGCAGCUAUGUGUCUAGGAAGACUAGGCGUGGCCGGAGCUGACGACAUUGCACCAAACUUGCCUGAAUUCAUUCACGCCUGGUGUGCCCAGAUGAUGUAUGCGCCAGACAAUGAAGAAAAGGAAUCGGCUUUCUUUGGCAUGUUUGAGAUCAUUCUGAAGAACCCAGCUCAGGGAUUUGGGCCCUUGAACACACAGCAGGGUCGCAAAAACUUGGCUGUGUUCCUCGAUUGCAUGGCCAACUAUGAAGUUACCAACGAAAAGCUUCACAAUUUGUUCUACGACUUCUUGCUUGGCUACAAACAGAUUGCAGCGCCUCAUUGGGAGGAGGUCUUCGCUGCCACCAGCCCACAGACUCAAGACGUGCUUCGGCCAGUCAUCUCAUAA